UCCCUCGCAGCCCAGGGAGAGUCUCGGCCGAGGACCCGUUUGAAAAGCGCCCCGCAAUAAUGGAUAAAAAGGAGGAGGGGGAGAUUUCUGAUGACAAUGAGGACAGUUUCGAUCUGGUAUACAAACCUGUGUCUCGUCCUGAUGCGUCUCAGUACCGCCAUGCCCCUCGUCACAUGCCCUCAAGCGAUGAAGAAUAUUCUUCAGACUCGGACUCAGACGCGCCAAGCAUCCCCAAACGGAAACGACCAAACAUCAGCAAGAUGGAGACCAGUGCAGUUGAAAGUCACGACCCCAAAGGCUGGACAGUAGGAAGUGGAGAAUUAGAAGCCAGACACAUCGCCAAACCCAAACGCAGAAAUAACAUUUGGUCGACAGUCAUGGAGGAACAGGUUUUGUCACAAGAAAUUGGUGGUUUUGGCUUGAAGCGCAGACUAGACCAGGGCGACAGGAGUGUUGAGUCCUACGAUUAUUCCCAGGCUCUCAGAGUGCAUGGUAUUGAGCCAGAAAUUUCAGACGAAGAAGAAACGGAAGAAUUGAAGAAAAAGAGAAUGGACAGAAAGCGCCAUGUGAAGGAGCGUCUCGGCUACAGAAAGCCCAAGAUGGAGGGCUCGCCACGGGAGUUGGUGGACAUGAGUCUGGAGGAUGACACCGUGACGGACGAAGAGGUGGGACUCGCCAUCGCCGAGGGUCUGCAUGAGAGGAAGCCGGAACUCAUAGUGCGAGUGGUGGAGGUCUUGGGGCGUGAAAAGGCCCUUGAGCUCUACAAAGAGACGCAGAAAGUGGAGCGCGAAGGGGGUCUCAUGAUCUUGAAUGGGUCAAGAAGAAGAACCUCAGGCGGUGUGUACCUGCAGCUGCUGAAGAAUGUACCAACAGUGGGCAAGGCAGAACUCACCAAGAUCUUCCCACAGGAGGAGUCAACGCAGCAGUGGAGAAAGCGCAAGAGAGCACACCGCAAGCGAGAAAGACACGAGUCUAAGCCACAGGGUGAGGAUGUGAGUGAAGAGGGGCUGCACUUGGGGGGCCUCUUCUCAGACGACCCAGGGGGUGCCAAGUGCCCUGGCUCGACCCCAGUAACCUCCCCACAGCCUUCAGACAAUGAGGAGGAGGACCUGGCUGGAUCUACGAUCAACCGGUUGUCCCCGUCAGCACUCACCGCAGAGCCACACUCGCCGCACUACGAUUCCAUGGCCCCCAGUGAGAACCCUUUUGCCCCUCCCACCGACUUCAACGGGAAGUAUGCGAGUGCUGCUGCUGCUGCUGCUACGCCCACACCCGUCCCACCCGCUGCCGCCCACCCCCCAGAGAGGCCCACAGAGGUGUACGAUGAUGAUUUCCUGGACAUCCACGGCAAUGCAGACGAGAUGGACCUCUUCUAAGGCCGGCCUCAGAAGUCCGGUGUAUUUUUUCCCUUCUGUUUUUUUAUAUAUAUAUUUUUUUUUAUUAUUCUUAGUUUUAAACUUUUUUAGGCUUUCCAGUGUUUUAUUUAUUUUUUAUUUAUUUUUCUUUUUUUUCUAUUUGAUAAACUCAACUGUGAUGUGAAACCAGUCUUGAGCCUUCCACAUGUGUCAGAGUUCUUGAAAUGUCAUAGAAGACAGUGUCCAGUUUUCAUUUGGUUUUAGUCAAAGGCUCAACACUCAUUGACGGUGAGCAUUAUCUGUUAUAUUCAGCAUGUUGAAACAGGUCCCCAUAACAUGUAUGUGAAAAGUACAUACUAUUUACAUGAAAGCUCAUGUAUCAGACAUAUGUGCACGCAUGCGCACACACGUGCACACACACGUGCACACAUACGCACACGUACUUACACACACACACACACACACACACACACACACACACACACACACACACACACACACACACACACACACACACACACACACACACACACACACACACACACACACACACACACACACACACACACACACACACACACACACACACACAUGUAGAUCAGUAGUAAUGUCAUGACCCCCAGGCUCCCCCCUCCCCCCUAGCAUCAGCUGCUAAGUUGCAAAGUGCCUGAUUGAUCAUAUUAUCGAUGGACCUACUUCAUGCCACAUUGCCCAAGCUUCUGCAUCAUUUAAUAUACCUUCUGGAAAAUGGGUCAAGGUCAGCUAAAUGGUCUGGAAGGAAUGGCAGCCUUGCGAGAGCGAGAGCGAGAGCGAGAGCGAGCAAGUCGAAGUGGGGGAAAAGAAAAAAACUCUCAAAUCUCUAUUCUUUAAGUGAGUUACUUAUAUAUAUAUAUAUAUAUAUAUAUAUAUAUAUAUAUAUAUAUAUAUACACAUAUAUACAUAUAUAUACACAUACUGUGUGUGUGAGGAUUUUAUUUCACCUUUAUAUCUACCUUUGUCCUUUUUUUCUUCUCUUUUUUUUUUUUUUUUUUUUUUUUUUUUUUUUUUUUUUUUUUUUGUAAUUUGCCAUGUAUAUUAUCCAUAUGUUAUAUAUAUUCAGGGUUACAAUAAUUGUGUAAUUAAGGCAUAUUCAUAGGCUAUCAUCACAUGUUUUGUUUUGUAAAUAAAAUCUUCAGGUCAUUACACAAAAGAGAAUAAAAGCUAUGUUUCUUUUAUA